AAUGGGAACAAUUACUCUAGGAAAUUGUUAAUGUUAAUGUUACAUUAAUUAUGUUUCUUGUGAUUGUUCUUGUGAUUAGAAUGAAAUCCGUACAAUAAGAAGCAAUCGAUUUACAGAAUAAUCAACUAGAAAUCGUUCUAAGAAGCGUUCUCCUGGAGAUUCAUCUGAUCGAUAAUCUAAAUUUUCAUCAACAUAGAAACCAACUAGUCGAAGUAAAUCAUCUAAUUCUGAUAAAUCCAUUUAUUUAUUAUCUGAUUACUGUAAUAUCACAACAGAAUCAUUAAAAUAAAGAAAGAAGUCUAAACCUAAUCCAACAUUUAUUAAGUCAAGAUCGUUAUACAUCUUUGAUGUUGAUAUUGAUAAGAACCUUUCCAAUAAUGUUGAAUAAAGUUCAACACCUCUUUCAUUAUCAGACAUAGGAACUAUUAAUAGACCAAAAAUGUAAAGUAUGGAUAAAGGAGUUCUAAAAAAAUCAACAGAACAAGUUUAAUAAAAAAAAUAUGUGAAAUGGAAUUUACCUUAACAUUAUCUAAGAUAAAAUAAACAAUAACAGUAGGAAUUUUAUUCAUGA